CGAAAAGGGAGGUUAUUCUGCAUGUAAACAACAACACGUUGACAGACAAAAUGAUCAUUUAAAUCUAUCACUGCUAGCCGUCUUUUCAUAGAGAAACUAACUAACCUGUAAUGGCAGCGCCUUUGAUAACACAGUUUUUUCCACCAUUAAAAAAUGAUUUGAUUUUACGGGCAGCAAAAGGAGAGAAAACAGAACGUGUUCCAGUAUGGUUAAUGAGACAAGCUGGCCGUUAUCUACCAGAAUACAAUCAAUUUAAGAACGAUAAUUCUGUUUCAUUUUUUGAGAUGGUUAGAACACCUAGUAUGGCCUGUGAAAUUACUUUACAGCCAUUGAAAAGAUUUGACCUUGAUGCUGCCAUCAUAUUCUCAGACAUUCUGGUGAUUCCUCAAGCCUUAGGAGUUGGCAUAGAAAUUGAAGAAGGGAAGGGUAUGAUAUUUGAUUUUCUACUUAACACCCCAGAAGAUCUAAACAAACUUAACACGGUAGUAGAUGUAACACAAGAGUUACAUUAUGUGAUGGAUGCCAUCACUCUAACAAGACAGACACUCCAAGGAAAAGUUCCUUUAAUUGGUUUUGCUGGUGCUCCUUGGACAAUAAUGAAGUUCAUGAUAGAAGGAGGUUCAUCAUCUCCAUUACCAAAAGCUAGGAGAUGGCUUGUACAGUAUCCUGAUGCUAGUCGACAACUGUUACAACUCUUAACAUCGAAAACUGUUGAUUAUCUAGUAGCUCAAGUCAAAGCUGGUGCUCAAUUAUUACAAGUGUUUGAUAGCUGUGCAGGAGAGUUAGGACCAUAUCAGUUUAAUAAGUUUGCUCUACCAUAUCUCAGAGAAAUUGCUUAUUGUGUUAGAGAAAAGCUGAAUGAUCAACACAUUGAACAUGUUCCAAUGACUGUAUUUGCAAAGGAUGCACAUUUUGCCCUUGAAGACUUGUCUAAAUGUGGUUAUGAUGUUGUGAGUAUAGACUGGACCAUAAAGCCUGCACAUGCAAGACGAAUGAUUGGUUCUAGAAUAACAGUUCAAGGAAACUUGGAUCCAAGUAUGCUGUAUGCUUCUACGGAUGAUUUGAAGCAUGAAGUGAAAACUAUGGUAGAAAAGUUUGGUACACAGCGUUAUAUCGCUAACUUAGGACAUGGUGUACAUAAAGAUGUCAACUUCGAAAAUGUUAAAACUUUUGUUGAUGCUGUUCACAUGUAUUCAGAGGAAAUUAAUGCUACUUUAUAAAAUACUUUUCUAAAAGACAUAA